AUGCUGCGAUGGGGUGGAGCAGCGGCGGUAGGGGUCGCGAUGUUGGUGCUCGUGGGAACACUGCAGCGAUCUCCUAGAGAGGAGCUUUUACAGAGUAACGCCAAGUCAGGAGCAUCACAACGACGCCAAAUGCUGGCUACUGCUUCUGUUAUCUCGUGCUUGAGUCCGCCAUGUGAUCCUUACGGAGUCAGCCCACCAGAGGUUCACUAUCAGUUCACACAGCCCGUCACUCCAGUUGAACCCCAUCCUCUUACAAUCCAAGCCGUGCAAAAUGCAGCGGAUGCCCUAGCUGAGGCCAAGAAGGCGGGGGACAAGGAGGCUUUCAAUGAAAAGGAGAUCGAGAAGGCUAGACUGAACAUCAAGGCGGUCAAAGAACAGAACAGCCGUGAGCUUGAAUCCUCGAACAGCGCUCUUUGGGCUGCAAUUGGAGCACUGAAGAAGUCGUUGCGAGGCUACAAGACGAGGCUUUCAGCUAUCAAGGCACAGAUGAUGUCUCGGGAUAACUAUUUGUCAGCCCGUGUGUCUUCUUUGACCUCGUCUCUUGGUCGCGCAAAGGUGGGAAUGGCCAGACGCGUCAGCGACAUGAAGGUCAAGCUUGCAGUCCUCGAGAAACAGCCUGGACCGUCUGGUGCUCCCGGAAAGCCUGGUCUUGACGGCAAGCCCGGACCUCAGGGUCCGACAGGCCUUCCUGGGCCGCGUGGACCCCGCGGGCCUCCUGGGUACCAGGGAGCUAGGGGAAGGGAUGGUCGAGAUGGACUUCCUGGUCCCAUGGGCCCCCGAGGGGACAUGGGCAUUCCAGGCCCACAAGGACCUAGAGGCCUGGCAGGACCUGAUGGAGAACCAGGACCGCGAGGCCCGCAGGGUCCCCCUGGAAUUGGUCGAAUGGGACCCCCUGGACCUCCUGGACCUGAGGGCCCACGAGGGGUACAAGGACCGCAGGGACCCACUGGACAGGCCGGUGUUCCCGUGCGAGGCCCAGACGGCAUUCCAGGUCCUCCGGGUCCAACUGGAAGCCCGGGAGCUGCAGGGGCUGCAGGGCCGGCAGGUUCAGCUGGACCUCCAGGAGUUGCUGGAGUUAUCGGCCACUUCGAACAACAUCAUUAAACAAUACGAGCUUAAAUCGCCUUACAUCAUACAUGCCCAAAUUGCUCUGUAG